AUGGCCUCUCUCAACUUGUCCGCCAAUGGCCCCUCAAUAUCCAAGAGCUACCAGUCCGUCGUAAACGCGGCGCCCCCCCAAGAAUGGCUCACCUACCUAUGGCCAAUGGGCGGUCUUCUCCGUCUCAACUCCGCUGCUCAGGUGGUCAGUUCUCCCCAUUCCGCCACAUCCCCCGAUUUCACUACUCACUAUCUCUCAGAGGGAGAAUUGGUCGACCUGAUCGAGGAAUUCUCCGAAGGUCGAGUGCAAUUCGCCUACGUUAAGGUCACGGAUCCCAACACUGGUUUGCCCAAGAAUGUUCUGAUUGCCUGGUGUGGCGAGGGAGUUCCCGAGAGGACCAAGGGCUACUUCACAAGCCACCUGGCCUCUGUAUCAAAGUUCCUUCAUGGCUACCAUGUCCAGAUCACAGCACGAGCCGACGGCCACCUAUCCCCAGAGGGCAUUGUCCAACGAGUCGCUGACUCGUCUGGCGCGAAAUACUCCGCAGAGUCACAGGCACCGCCCUCAUCCACAGCAACUCGUCCUCCGGUCGCCUCUAAGCCCGUCUUCACUCCUACCCGCUCAGGGGGCAUCGCUCCAGCUCCGGCCCCCGCGCUUCGUCCGAAGCCAUCCGCUGUGGAUAACGAUGGUUGGGGUGACGAUGCGCCACCGGUCACCCGUACUCAAUUGGAGAAAGUCCAGCCUGCGUACAAGCCGACCAAGGUCAACCUGCAACAACUCAAAUCUGAGAACCAGUCCCCUGCCAGCCGCCAACCCAUUUCGGCCCCGGUUGAAGAGCGAGCGAACGUGGUUCGCGGUGCUUACCAGCCUAUCGGCAAGGUUGAUAUCGCUGCUAUUCGCAGACAAGCUGCGGAGUCCGGUAAUUUGAAGGAUGAUCGCCCGGCACCUGUGAAGGGCUCUUAUGAGCCUGUGGGUAAGGUCGACAUUGCCGCCAUUCGUGCCCGUGCCCAGAAGCCUGAGGGUGAGGAGUCUCCGGCUCCUCGUCCCGUUCCUCGGAAUGAACCUACAUCACUGCCUGAGCGACCAGCAGCCGCCAACCAGAGUGCGGAGCGCUUGACCAACCUGCCGAAGCCCAAGGUUGCGAACAGAUUCGGUUCCGUCGGAAGCGCCAGUCGAACCUUUGCGGACCAGGGAGGUAAGACACCUUCCCAGUUGUGGGCCGAGCGGAAGGCCAAGGAGCGUGGAGGAACUGCGCCCGCUGCAGACGCGCCUCCUUCCUUGCCGAUCCAGAGCCAGCCCAGUGGACAGAACGAGUGGAAGAGUGGAUACAAGGGUAAAUCGUGGGCCCCCGUGCAAACCGUUGAAGACAAGCAUGUUCCCGAGGCUGCAGAUGUCAAGGCUUCGGAUGUACACGAGCCGGAGCCAGUCCAGCCAGCUUCCCAUAUUCAGGAUGUGCGGGACCAGUUCUCUCACCCUCCUGCCGAGCCUGAGUCUCACUUUGAGCCAGAGCCCGAGCCCGUCGCUAUUCAAGCGCCACCCCCUCCUCCUGUUCCCCAGGCUAGUCGCCCAAUUCCUGUUCCUGGAAUCCCAGAGCCUGAGGAUGAAUUUGAGGCGGAGCCUGAGCCUGAGGUUCACCAAGACCUGCCUCCUCCUCCUCCCCAGCCCCGUUCUCCUACCCCUCCCACACCCCCUGUCCGGGAGAGCUCCCCGAUCCGUGUGGCUAUUCCUGUGAGCCGUGAGGUGGCUGAUGCCCACGACGAGCAACACGCGCCACCUCCUGCGAUGCCCAUUGAAAGCCUCCAGGAGGCCAUCCCUGAUGAGAGGGAUUUGGAAGACGAGACUCAUGACCUUGGCCGAGCCGCGGCUGAAGCUACUGUGCCUGAUCAGUCUCAAGGUGGAUUCCGUGCUGUGGUGCAGUAUGACUAUGAAAAGGCUGAGGAUAACGAGAUUGAGCUUCGCGAGGGAGAAUUGGUGACAGACAUUGAGAUGGUUGAUGAGGAUUGGUGGUUGGGUGUGAAUGUCCACGGCGAACGAGGUCUUUUCCCUGGAAACUAUGUCGAGAUCGUGGAAGAGGGUGAGGCUGCUCCUCAUGUUCAAGAGCAUGUUCCGGAGCCUGAGCCUGAACCCGUCUACGAGCCCGAGCCUGUCGCUGCACCUAUUCCUGCGGCGCCUGAGCAUCACGCGGCUGAUUCCCAUGGCCCAACUGCAUUGGCUGUUUACGACUACGAGGCUGCUGAGGACAAUGAGCUGAGCUUCCCCGAGGGUGCGACAAUUCUCAAUGUGGAAUUCCCUGAUGAUGACUGGUGGCUUGGAGAGUACCACGGAGCCCGUGGUCUGUUCCCAGCUAACUAUGUGCAGUUGAACGAGUAA